AUGGCAUCCAAUUGUGGUCCCCCCAAAUGCUCUUCCUUAGUUCCUUUCAAAAGCCAUUCUAGGCUUCCAAUUUCCAGGGCCUUCUCUGCCUGUGGCAGUUGCCAAUCAAGUAGACGUCAAAUCAGCCAGUGCCAGUCUAAAGCCUGUCUACCUAAUGCUUGCCACCCAGUUCCCUAUCGCUCUCCUAUCUAUCUUCUGAAAAACUUCAGGGUAUUUUCCUGUCGAUCCAGCUGUGGUGAGGGCAGCUUUGAUAGCAAUGAGAAAGAGACCUUGCAGAUGUUAAAUCAGCGCCUGGCUAACUACCUGGAGAAAGUGAGAGACCUGGAGCAGGAGAAUGCCAACCUAGAGUGCAAGAUCCGGGAGCUGCAUGAAAAACAGACUCCCGUUGUGUGUCCUGAUUACCUCUCUUAUUUCAAGAUCAUAGAGGAGCUUCAGCAAAAGAUCUUGUGCACCAAAGCUGAAAAUUCCAGGCUGGUCUCCCAAAUAGACAACACAAAAGUGACUGCUGAUGACUACAGAGCAAAAUAUGAAAUUGAAGUGUCCCAAAGGCAACUGGUAGAAACUGACAUCAACAGCCUCCAUCAAAUUCUGAAUAAGCUGACCCUGUGCAAGGCUGACUUGGAGGGGCGAGUUGAGUCUCUGAAGGAGGAACUGUUUGACCUCAAACACAACCAUGAAAAGGAAGUGAAUUCAUUACAAUGCCAACUUGGUGACAGACUCAACAUAGAAGUGAAUGCUGCCCCUUCUGUUGACUUGAAUGAGGCACUACAAAAAAUGAGAUGCAAAUAUGAGUCUUUGGUUGAGACUAAUCGCAGAGAUGUUGAAGAAUGGUUCAAUAUUCAGUUGCAGGAACUGAGUCAUCAGGUGAUAUCCAGCUCAGAACAGCAACAAUGUUUCCAGAAGGAGAUCUGUGAUCUGAGACGCUCCAUCAGUGCUCUGGAGAUCGAGCUGCAGGCCCAGCACAGCCUGAGAGCUUCUCAAGAAGGCAUCCUGACAGAAACAGAGGGCCGCUAUUCCAUUCAGCUAGCCCAGUUCCAGUGUUUGAUUGAGAAUGUGGAAUCCCAGCUGGCCGAAAUCCGAUGUAUGCUAGACAGGCAGAAUCAAGAGUACCAGGUCCUACUGGAUGUGAAGUCCAAGUUGGAGUGUGAGAUCGCCAGAUAUCGACAUCUUCUGGAGAAUACAGAGUGCAGACUUCCCUGCAAUCCAUGUGCCAUGGAAUGUAAACCUUCACCUUGUAUGCCUUGCAAAUCCCAGACCUUGGAAUGUAUGACCCCAGUUGAUAUAUCAUGCAAGCCAUGCAAUCCUUGUGUACCUUCAGUUUGCAAUACAAGAGCUAAGCCCUGCAAUUUCUACUCAACCCUCCCUGCGAUCCUGGCCAGAAUCUAUACCCUCACCCAGGAAUUCCAGGAUGGGAAGGUCAUUUCUUCUCGGGAGUAUGUACAACCUUGUUUCAUCCCUCGCUUCCGAGCCCACUUUGUCAAUGGAGACAAAGAAGGCAUCAGCUGA